UGUAUGAUGAAUGUAUAUUCCUGCAGUAUACUUCUUAAUAUUCUGAUAUUCUGACAUUCUUUGACAUAUUUCAUGUAGUAUUUUAAAAAUAUAUUUCUUAGGUUGCAUUCUAAAAUAUUUGAGUAAAAUGCCCAAUAUCUCAAGUUUCUGAGAAGUAUUUAUGAUAUGCUUUGGUGACAUUGUAUGUGUAUCAUGGGGGGGGUAUAAGUAUAUUACCUUAUAACCCAAAGCAGAUAUAAUUAUCAUUUUUAAAUUUCUUACACUUGUGUCCUCUUUCCUAUUGUGUUCUCUGCUGCUCUUUCAUUUGUUCUCAUCACUGUGAUUUCACCCUGGUGCUAUUUGGGUAUUCACUGCUUAUUUAUCUGAAAAUGAAUGGCUGUUGCACAGAAGCAGGGAUAUCAAUUCCUCCAGCUUCUGGUUGUCUUUCAGGCCCUAAGUGAUAUUAUAAUCCAAUCUAUUAGUUGUUAACCUAGCAGAAACCAGCCUACUUUGAAGUGGCUUUGGUACUAUUUUCCUAUUCAUUAUCUGAAAGAGGUUAUCCUAUCCUAUUUAAAUAUGGGUGUUGGGUGGUGGUGGUGGUGUUUUUUUUAAUUGAAUGUAUUAUAGGAUGUGAUUUGCAUGAGGCAGGACAUCUUUGUCAGUAUGGACACACUAAAAUAAAAUGUUUAAUUUUCUUGGUGAAAAUAUAGUUAGUGACAUUUAUCUUCUGUUGCUUUCAGUAGUGGGUUAGUUAUUAAGUCAAACAUAUGCUGAUUACUAUGCAUCUGCCAAUUAAGGCAGAGGUAAGAGCAGAAUAUAGUUGUUAGGAGAUGAACUUACUAGUUAAGGUAUUUGUAGGGGAGCUAUAGAAGUGAUAUUCCAAAACAGCAACGGUUUCUAAAACUCAACAGGAAAAUGGUGUAAGUACUGCUAAUCAUCAUAUCCCUGGCAUCUAGCGUCUGACACAAAGUAGAUACAGGUAAAUAUUUGUUAAGCAAAUUAAUGGAUUAAUGAAUGAAGAAAAGGAAUGUAGGAAUAAGUGCCUAUUUGCUUUUCUCAUCUAUUGAAAAAUCACUGUAAAAUAAAUAUUUAGAUAACCAUUAUUCUGUUGACACCUCUAAAGUCCAGUUAAGUUAAAAGAAUCACUGUUUGAAAGUUAGUUGCAUUGCAGGUUAUCCUAUGCUAUUUAAAUAUGGCUUUUUAAAAUUAGGCGUAUUGUAGCAUCUUUCAUUAGUGGAGAAAAUUUUAAUGUUAGCAUUUCUCUUUCCUGUAUGUAUCUUUCAGUCUUAGGAAAACAGUUUAGCCUUUUUCCGAUUUUCUAAUUUUGUCUAUUAUGCAGAGACAGCAUAGGACCUGAGAGACUCAGCUGGUCGUAUGCUCUUGGAGCAGAGCUAUAAGGUCUAGGGAAUUUUCCAUACUCAUGUCUGUGAUGCACAUGAAAUAUGUUAAUAUUGUUGGUAACAUACCCAGAAUAAUAGCAUAUAAAGUAAAUAAAGGUUACUGGGUACAAACCAGUAUAGAACCUUGAUUUGAGGUUCUCUUACUGCCCUUUUAUACUGUGGAGCUAUUAUAUGCCCUCUAAUCUCCUAUCCACCCCCACCGUCUUCGUGUACACAUGCUCUAAGAACACUGUGCCUGUGCAUUUUACUCUGAUCAGUUUCGUUUUCUCUGUGAUAGGGUAGAAGAAAGAAACAAUAUUUAACAUUAAAUUGUUGAGCAACACUAAAUCCUGAAUAAACCAGCUUAGUAGCUGCCUAAGCCCAGAUGCCUGAAUUCCAGAGAAGUUCAGUUCGGAUUAAGAACCCUGCAAGAGUAGAAGAAAUUAUCUGUGGUCUUAUUAAGGGUGGAGCUGCCAAACUUCAGAUAAUAACAGACUUUGAUAUGACACUGAGUAGAUUUUCCUAUGAAGGGAAAAGAUGCCCAACAUGUCAUUAUGUCAUUGACAACAGUAAGCUGGUUACAGAUGAAUGUCGAAAAAAGUUACUGCAACUAAAGGAAAAAUAUUAUGCUAUUGAAAUUGAUCCUGUUCUUACCAUAGAAGAGAAGUACCCCUAUAUGGUAGAAUGGUAUACUAAAUCACAUGGUUUGCUUGUUGAACAAGCUUUACCAAAAGCUAAACUUAAAGAAAUUGUGGCAGAAUCUGAUGUUAUGCUCAAGGAAGGGUAUGAGAAUUUCUUUGAUAAGCUCCAAGAAUACGGUAUCCCUGUGUUCAUAUUUUCGGCUGGUAUUGGUGAUAUACUAGAGGAGAUAAUCCAUCAAGCUGGGGUUUAUCACCCGAACAUCACUGUAGUGUCCAACUUCAUGGAUUUUGAUGACAGUGGAGUGCUGAAAGGAUUUAAAGGCGAACUAAUUCAUGUAUUUAACAAACAUGAUGGUGCCUUGAAGAACACAGAAUAUUUCAAUCGACUAAAAGACAAUAGCAACAUCAUUCUGUUGGGAGAUUCCCAAGGGGACGUAAGAAUGGCAGAUGGAGUAGCCAAUGUUGAACACAUCCUGAAAAUUGGAUAUCUAAACGAUAGAGUGGAUGAGCUUUUAGAAAAGUACAUGGACUCUUACGACAUUGUUCUAGUAAAAGACGAAUCAUUGGAUGUAGCCAACUCUAUCUUACAGAAGAUUCUGUAAACAAGCAUUCUUCAAGAAGACCUCUCUCCUGUGGGUGCAAUUGAUGCAAGAACUGCUCACCUAUUCAUCUUGCUGAAAGACUUCUAUUUAUAAUGCGUUCUUGCUCUUGAAGUUUUUUUCUCUCCAUUACUGAGGUAUUUUUGGACAUAUUGAAUCCAGCAACUGGAAGCUCCUUUUUUUUCCCCACCUCUCUCAACACACUCCUCAACUCUAUUUUUUAAGAUUGAAAAAGAAAAUCGUAAAGCCAAAAUUUGAAAAAUAACUCCCUGCAUUUCCAGAGUGAAUUUUUUAGUGUAAUGUUAUCAUGAGGUUUUUGAGAAAACUUUUUACUCUGGGAAAGUUUGUAUAAGUUUAAAAAGAAGUUUUAUGAAAUGGUGAAAUAAUGUGCAUGAUUUUAACUGUUGCCAUUUUUGUAAUUGGGGUGAAUUAUGCUGAUAAUAUCACCAUCUCCUGAAAUUGUAUUAUAUUUGGUUAUUCUGUUCCGUGAAAGUCAGUAUUUGCCAGAAAAUAUUGGCACUCAGUGUUUGAAAAAAACCAUUUGUAUCCACAUGUCACUAAUCAUUACAAAAUGUUCUAUAUUGAAGCACUGAUAAUACAUAUGAAAUGAAAAGCCUUUUUAAAUUA